AUACUCUGACGAGAAAUUGGUUAUGAACCAGUUCAACUUGAAUGUCAGCAUGAACCAAACCCUACUUAAUUAUCAGUAAGAGCAAAGCAUGUGUCAAAGAAGAGACUACAGAGACUAGUCAUACUAAUGGCGGACUACCUGGAGCCUUCACUUUCUGAGGAGGACCUUCUUUGUCCAGUGUGCUGUGAGGUGUUCAAUGUCCCAGUUGAACUACGUUGUGGACAUUUCUCUUGCAAAGCUUGUCUAGAGAAACUCUGGGCACGGAAAGGAUCUCGGGAAUGCCCUGUGUGUCGCACUGUGUCAUUGGUAGGAAAGCCUCCUAUCAACUUAGCACUAAAGAUAGCCUCAGAAUCUUUUCAGGAGCAAAGGACAUACAAGAACACAGUAGAACUUUGCCUUCUUCACAAAGAGGAACUGCAGCUGUUUUGUCACAAUGAUGAAGAGUUAGUCUGUUUGUUUUGUAAGUCAUCGACGCAGCAUAAAGUUCAUGAAUGUUUCCCUGUGGGGGAGUAUGCUCUGGAUAAAAAGAAAGAUGUCUCUGCAAAGCUUGAUUCCUUUCACAAACAUCUAAAAAUACUGAAAAUGACUAAAGAAGAUUGGGGGCAUACCAAACUGUACAUCAAGACUCAAGCAGACCAAACUGAGAAGCAGAUCAAUGAAGAGUUUGCAAAGUUACACCAGUUUCUAUGGACGGAGGAGAAGGCUAAGCUGGUAAAGCUGAGAAAGGAGGAGGAAUUGAAGACCACUCUGAUUUGUGGGAAGCUGGAGUUCAUUGAGAAGCAGAUAGCAGACCUAUCAGGCAUCAUAGCUGAUUUGGAGAAGACUUGGAGAAAAAAUGACUUGCUUUUUCUAAAGGACUACAAGCAGACUAAGACCAGGAGCAAAUACACCUUGAGGAAUCCAGAGUGCUUGAGAGAUAUUCUGAUAGAUGUAGCUGGACAUGUCGGAUCCCUCAAGUUUCAAACUUGGAGAAAAAUGAAAGAUAUUGUGCAGUGUUAUCCAAUCACUUUGGACCCUAACACAGCACAGGCCAAUCUGACCUUCUCUGAAGAGUUCACCAGUGUGGAGUACUGCUCUAGACAAGUCCUUCCAGACAACCCGGAACGUCAUACCCACCGAAUUGCAGUGCUGGCCGCCAAGGGGUUCACCUCUGGUAAACACAGCUGGACUGUAGAGGUGGGGCCCAGCAGUGACUGGUACAUAGGGGUGGCCCGGGAGUCCAUCAAACGCAAGAGCACAGUUUUUAUGAGCCCAUCAGAGGGAUUCUGGGUGAUAGGCUUGUGCAAUGGAGACAAGUACUGGGCUCAGACCUCGGCACGGACCCGGCUGUCUGUUAAGAACAGGCCUCAACGCAUCAUUGUGGAGCUGGACUAUGAUAAAGGCAGAGUGGUGUUCCUCAACGCUGCAGACCUCACUUCAAUACAUACUUUCAAGGACAAGUUCACUGAGAGGAUGUUCCCCUACCUGUCACCCGGCAUGAGCGAGUGCGGAAAAAGCUGCAUCUCAAUGAGAAUAUGUCCGCUGACGAUAUCUCGAGUACAAUGGGCCAAAACUCACUGA